GCGAUGCCUCGGUCCAAAGAGAGCAGCUCCGGGCGUCGGGAACGGGCUCCAUCCCCUUCCCGUUGGGAUUGGGACUGCCCCAGCGCACGGCGCCGCCUGGAGGAGCUCUACUUCCACGGGCAGGAUCCCAUCGGCUCCCAGGACAUUCCCAACUUCUGGACUUUCUUCCAACGCCUCCGAAGCUUCCAGAGCCGGAGACCGAGCCGGGAACCACCCCCGGAGCCUCCCCCGAGCACCCCUGGCCUCCUCCUACCCCCCCGUUACGACCCCGGCUACCGCAUCAACCUCUCGGUGCUGUGCCCCGCGGCGGACGAUGCCGCGAUCCCUCCGGAACGCCGCCGGGAAUUCCACGGCGCUCUCCUCCAUUACCUGGACUUCAACCAGAAGCAAAGCUUCGCCAAGCUCCUCCGCAUCCAACGCGAACGCGCUGCCCUUCCCAUCGCCCCGUUCCGGCACCGGCUCCUGGCCGCCGUGGCUCAGCACCAAGUGGUGCUGGUGGCGGGGGAUACGGGCUGCGGGAAGUCCACCCAAGUGCCCCAGUUCCUGCUGGCGGCCGGUUACAGCCGCGUGGCUUGCACCCAACCCCGCCGCAUCGCCUGCGUCUCGCUGGCCAAGAGGGUGGCCUUGGAGAGCCUGCACCAGUACGGGAGCCAGGUCGGGUACCAGAUCCGCUUCGAGAGCACGCGUUCCCCGGCCACCCGCCUGCUCUUCCUGACCGAGGGGCUGCUGCUGCGGCAGGCGCAGCGGGACCCGGCGCUGCGGGGCUACGGCGUCCUCCUGGCCGACGAGGUCCACGAGCGGCACCUCCACGGCGACGUCCUCCUGGGGGUCCUCCGCCGCCUCCUGCCCCGCCGCCCGGACCUGAAGCUGGUGCUCAUGUCGGCCACCAUCAACAUCCCCCUCUUCUCGAGCUACUUCGGGGAUGCUCCGGUGCUGCAGGUGCCCGGCAGGAGCUUUCCCAUCUCGGUCAUCUACCAACCCAUCCCUAAGGAAGAAGCGCCGGGGAAGACCGGGAAAUGGGAACGCCUGGAUCCGAUGCCUUACCUGAGGAUCAUGCAGGCCAUCGACCACAAGUACCCCGCCGAGGAGCGGGGGGACCUGCUCGUGUUCCUGAGCGGGGUGGCUGAGAUCGGUGCUGUGCUGGAGGCAGCACAGGCCUACGCUGCCUGUACCCAGCGCUGGAUCGUGCUCCCGUUGCACAGCACCCUCUCGGUGGCGGAGCAGGAUAAGGUCUUCGAUGUUGCCCCUCCUGGCGUCAGGAAGUGCAUCCUCUCCACCAACAUCGCCGAGACCUCGGUGACCAUCGAUGGGGUGCGCUUCGUGCUGGAUUCAGGGAAGGUGAAGGAGAUGAGCUACGACCCUCAGGGCAAGCUCCAACGCCUGCAGGAGUUCUGGAUCAGCCAGGCCAGCGCCGAGCAGCGCAAGGGCCGCGCCGGCAGGACCGGGCCCGGGGUCUGCUACCGGCUCUAUGCUGAGUCCGACUACGAUGCUUUCCCCCCUUAUCCCGUCCCUGAGAUCCAGAGGGUGGCUUUGGAUGCUCUGGUGCUGCAGUUGAAGAGCAUGGGGCUGGGUGACCCCCGCACCUUCCCCUUCCUGGAGCCUCCUCCCUCUUCCAGCCUGGAGACAGCCGUGAGGUACCUGAAGGAGCAAGGAGCCCUGGAUGAGGCCGAGCAACUGACGCCCAUUGGGAACAUCCUGGCCCAGCUGCCCGUGGACGUGGUGGUGGGCAAGAUGCUGGUGCUGGGCACCCUCUUUGGCCUGGCCGAGCCCACGCUGACGGUGGCCGCGGUGCUGAGCGUGCCGUCCCCCUUCCUGCGCCCCACGCACCCCAAUCCGGAGUGCGCCGCGGCCCGGCAGCCCCUCGAGAGCCCCCACGGGGACCCCUUGACGCUGCUCAACAUCUUCAACGAGUGGGUCCAGGUGAAGUCGGAGCGCGGUGGCAGCUCGCGGAAGUGGUGCCGGCGGCGGGGUUUGGAGGAGCAUCUGCUCUACGAGGCCGCCAACCUCCGGCGCCAAUUCCAGGAGCUCCUUCGGGACCACCGACUGCUGGACGAUGCUUCCGAGCAGCCCGACGACCGGCGGAGCCGGCACCGGGAGCGCCGGGAGCUGCACCGGCUCUGGCGUUCCCAUACGGAGACCGAAGGGCGCAAGAGGAAGACGCUGCGGCUGCAGCACGGAACGGACGCCUCCUCCGGUGAGGAAGAGGAUGGUGGCUCCCGUGGCAUCGAUAUCCAGGACGUCAAGUUCAAGCUCCGGCACGACGUGAGCGAGCUCCAGGCCGCAUCCAGUUUGGGCCUGGCCUCCUCUCAGCUCACCCUGCUCAAGCUGGUGCUGUGCCGGGGGCUGUACCCGCAGCUGGCUCUGCCGGAUCACUUCAACGGCAGCCGCAAGGAUUCGGAGCAGCUCUUCCACACCAGGAGCAAGGCGGGCGUCGUGCCUCAUCCCACCUCCGUCUUCGCCACCAGCCCGGAGCUGCUUCACCCUAAGGAGAAAGGGGAACGGGGAGGGGGCAGAGACCCUGAGCAGGGGCUGAGCCACCGCCACCAGCUCCUCGCCUUCGUCUCGCUGCUGGAGACCACCAAGCCCUACCUGGUGAACUGCGUGCGGGUACCAGCCCUGCAGGCUCUCCUGCUCUUCUCCCAAUCCCUGGACACCAGUGCUGACUGCACCCGGCUGGUGGCUGAUGGCUGGUUGGAGGUGAGCGUUCCCAACGCGGACGAUGCCCUGCGCCUGCUCUCCGUGGCCCUGCAGCUCCGUUGUGCUUGGGAAAAGCUCCUCCAUCAGCUCCUGGAGCACGGGGAAGAGGAGCUGGGCCCGAGGCCGAGCGAGAGGGAUGUGUCCGCGCUGAGCCGGGGGCUGCUGGACUUCCUGCAGGAGAAGGUCCCGUACCGCCUGCACCAGCUCACGGCGCUGGAGAAGCAGAACCUCUACGUUGGGCCUCAGCCCGUGGCUGCAGCUCCCCACGUGCCAGGCCUCUUCCAGGGCCUGGAGAUGAGACCCGACGAGGUGAGGGGCCAUAGGGUCACUGAUUUCCUCACCUACAACUGCUUGGCUAUGGACACAGACCUCUACAGCAACUGCCUGCGGAGCUUCUGGACCUGUCCCCAUUGCCAGCUCCACAUGCCCUUCACCCCUCUGGAACGCAUGUGCCAUGAGAGCUCCUGUCGGCCUCCCCCCUCCCACCCCGAGGAAGCAGCUGAGGGCUCAUCCAAGAGCUCAGCCCUCCAUCGGCCCUACCACUGUGCCAUCUGCCAGCAGGACUUCACCUUCACCCCCACCGAGAUCCUGCGCCACAAGAAGCAGCAUCACUGACCAGGCU